GCGCAUCUCAAUCUUCGAGCUCGACUCCCCCCCCCAAAACUCGGCCAAUUCCUGCGCCCGCGGCCCUUGCAAAACCAGCAAAUCCCACCCUAAAAAGACUCUUUCAAUCUCUCCCCCACCAAAGAGUCAAUUCCCAUUCCACAAUCAUGGUCCACCGCAUCGCAUUCUGGAGCUGCUUCGGCCUGGCCGUGCGCUUCUGGCAAGUCGGCAUCGAGAUGCGGCCCUUCUUCAACAAGUCCUCGCUGUGGGCGUACCCCGUGUACGCGGCGGGCGGCGCGAGCUUCGGGUACUGGCUGCAGGGCGUGGACGACAAGCAGACUGCGAUGCUGAACGAGCGGAAGAGGGCGCUGCUGGAGAAGAGGGCGAGGAAGGCCCAGCGGGAUGCGGAGAGGGUGGAGGCUUAAGGCUUGAACAUUUGGGAUUUUGAAUGAGGAGGGAGAGAGAUGUAAAAAUGAAUUGAGGGGGUGUGGGAUAUCCGGAUUUUGUGUACAUAUAGAUGGGGAAGAGAAAUGAUGAGCUUUUUUGGCUGGGAUGAGC